AUGUCCAAUUGUCAAGAUCAGCCAAGAAGAACAAGCAGCAGAAGCACAAAAGGAACCCCGCCAGCCCGAUAUCAGCAAUACGUCAGCGAAAUGUCUGUCAACCACUCACCAAAGUCAGAUACGCCAGCAAAAAGCCAACAAAGACAGCCACAGCUACAGCCAAUGGACGGUACUACUCAUGUCAAUACGAUUAAUCCGCCUUCUCAAUUACAGCACCAGAAAACUGCAGCCAAUUCACCAGCCGGGACAUCAAAAACUGUAAAUGAAGUCGGUGAGUUCAUGAAGCAAAUGAGAGUGCAAAUGGAGCAGAUGCAGCGUCAAAUGCAGGUAAUGCAAAGUGAGUACAUUGCAUCAACGAAGAAGAUGCAAGCGCAACUUGUUAAUACUGCCAAACAAGUGGAAACGCAGUUAGCCAAUCAAAUGACGUCGACGUCGCUGUCCGCAUUACCUACAUCGACGCUGCCACAGCCGCCAUCAAAUAUGCCAGAACCAAUACUGCCAACAUCUCAGCCAUCACUGCCACCACCAAAUCAGUCACAAUAUCAGCCGCCACAGAAUCUUCUACAACAGCCGCCACAACUGUCGCCUCUACAACAGCAAGUUUAUCAGCCAACGCCACAAUAUCCGCCGCCAUCACGGUCUAUAAAUUCGGAUAUGUCUGUCCACAAUUCGUAUCCACAAAGUUUUAUAUCUGUUCCACACAAGAAAAUUUAUCCUCUCCCCACAUUUUCAGGUCUUCCAGAAGAAUGGCAAACCUUUUAUGAAGCGUACGAAAGCGCCACAGCCGAAUUUGGAUAUAACAGCCUCCACAACAUUAUGCGCCUCAGAGAUGCUAUCAAGGGUCGAGCCAGAGAAACCGUCGAAUCGCUGCUAGGUAAUUCUGCCAACGUCGACACCAUUAUACGAACGCUGCUUGAAACCUUUGGUCGUCCGGAACAGCUGAUUAGAAGCCAAAUUGAAAAGGUUCGUGCCAUUCCACCUUUAGCCAAUGACAACCUGGAAGCCCUGGUAAACUUCGCCAACAAAAUCUCGAACAUGGCCACAUUUGUCAAGAACGUGAAGGGAGAUCACCAUCUUUCCAACCCUUCAUUGUUGAGCGAACUGGUCGCUAAACUUUCCGCAAGCCGCCAAAUGCAGUGGGCCGAAAAAUGCCUCCAAUUACAACAACCAGCCACCAUUGUUGACUUUGCAGAAUGGCUAUCAGUACUGCGUCGCCUGGCCAAUAUCGUCCAUGACACCUUGCCGUCAACUUCGACCAAUGCCGCAUUAAACCGCCGCCAUUUUGCUGCUACUGCACCGCCACCAAACCGAAAAUACGUCAACGUCACUGUCAGCCAAUGUCCAGUAUGUAAGGGUGAGUGCACUAACAUAAAACACUGUACAGAAUUUUUAAACAUGUCCAUCGACAAAAGAUGGAACACUAUAAAAGGGCUCAAGAUUUGUUUUUGUUGUUUAAAACGUGGACAUCAAGUUAAAUUUUGCCACACAAAACGCCGUUGUGGCGUUAAUGAUUGCCCAAAGCCACACAACAAUUUAUUGCACAGUACACUUUCACAAUCACAACCGGAGCCAGCGACCGAGCCAACUCAUUUGUCCACGACGGGUGGGACACAAAAUAACCGCACGGUUACGUCCGAAGCACAACGACCACAAACCGAAAGACGAAAUUGCCAUGCAGCUCAUUCUCCCGAUAAUGUGCUUUUCCAGAUUUUACCCAUAACUUUGUAUGGGCAGCACAAAACAAUAAGCACUUACGCCUUUAUUGACGACGGCGCCAACGUUUCUAUGCUGGAUCUGGAAAUAGCACGAGAACUUGAACUCCAUGGAGAACCUGAGCACUUGGAGCUGCAAUGGCUUAAUACUCACCGCGUAACACAGAAAACGGAAAAAAUUCGCGUGACCAUCAGUGGAGUUGGCCAAUUUAACAGAAAAUACUUACUUUCCAAUGUUUACGUUUCAUCGGAUAUGUCAUUGCCAGUACAGAGUUGCCAUAUAGCUCAUUUUAUGAAAUCCCAAAAAAGUGACAAAAUCGCCAAUUUAAAUAUGCGGGAUUAUUCUAAUGUUCAACCAAAAAUGAUUUUAAGCUUAACCCAUUCUUUCCUAACAGUUCCCAUUGAGACGCCUACACUUUUAUCCGAAUUUGGACCCAUUGUGUCAACCACCAGAUUAGGCGCUGUUAUAUAUGGACCAAUUCCUGGUGAAGAACCAACAAACAUAAAGAGGGCUUUACACGUAAGGAAGUGUGUGUACCAAAAUGAUGUUUUGAAGGAGUUGAGCGAUAUGAUGCGUGGUUAUUUUGAUGUGGAGACCCUUGGAACCAAAAUACCCGUGAAACCUAUAAAAUCCAAAGAAGAUGAGAGAGCAAUGGGCAUAUUGGAAACAAACACAAAGCAAGUAAAUGGCCGAUAUGAAUGUUCGUUGUUGUGGAGAGAAGAUGUGAGACCGAUCCCUGACUCAUACAACAUGGCUUUGAAUCGUUUGUACUCUGUGGAACGUAAGAUGGCAAAAGACAAGAAUCCCCCAUUGCUGUAUGUGGUGACAUACAAGAGAUGUUUCACCAGAUCGUCAUUGCCAGGAAAGACCAAGAUAGCCAAAGAUUUCUGUGGAGAGAUGGCAAUCCUGAUCAGCCUGUGGACACUUAUGUUAUGGAAAGGCUUAUUUUUGGAGCCACCUGUUCACCAACCAUUGCCCAAUAUGUCAAGAAUAAAAAUGCGACAAAAUACAUCGAAAAGUCACCAAGAGCCGUCCAUGGUAUCAUCGAACGUCAUUAUGUGGACGAUUAUGUCGAUUGUUUCGAAACUGAAGAUGAAGCCCUUAAUGUUGUUCGCGAAGUGGUAAGGAUCCAUAAAUCCGGUGGUUUCCAUCUUCGCAA